UAAACGAAUAGAAGGAUGGACAUACAGAUGAACAUAAAUAUAUUUCUUGUGUCACAGCUGAUCAUCGUCUGUUUGGCCGCCGUGGCCGUCGCCGCCCCUCAAUACAACUACGAUGGGCCAAGAGCUGCCUCGAGCGAGGAGGUGGCCAUCCUGAGGGACGACCGCGUCCACGAAGAUGACGGAAGGUACAACUUCGACGUGGAAACUGCCAACGGCAUUGUCCUGUCUCAGUCUGGUUCUCCCGAUGGCGAUGAGGGCGCCGUCGUCAAGGCUGGAGAAUACUCAUACACUGCCCCUGACGGUACUGACGUCCACGUUAGAUUCGUCGCUGACGAGAACGGCUACCAGCCCCAGUCCGACCUCCUGCCCGUGGCCCCCGAGUUCCCCCACCCGAUCCCCCAGUUCGUCCUCGACCAGAUCGCCUUUGCCGCCGAGGAGGACGCGCGCAGGGCUCGCGAAGGUCCACGAGAAGCUCCUCGCUCACUGUAUUCCGCACCCAACUAAAAAAAGUUGAUGACUGACUUCAGGAAUGAAUUCUGGAAAGAUAAUCAAAAUGCCUUAACUUAUUUAUUGUACAUAGAAAAAAAUAUAUACUUUUCAUGUAAAA